AUGGUUAAUUUAAUUCAUGCAGAGUCUAGUGUUCAACCUCAGGAUGAGGUAGACCUGACAGAUGACCAGAUUCAACAGCUUCUACUGGAGGCGGAAGGACGCCUGCGAGGUUCUGUAGUCUCAAACACCCAGGACCUCGACGCUGCUUCCCUAAGAAUUCCCAAGUUAUCUUCAGGGACCGCUUUGGAGCCAUACGUUCGACAAGGCGAUGAGAUUGCUACUGUCGAUUCAACCCAACUCAUCGACCCAAAGCAAAAGAUGCUUUCUAAUACAAUUCAUCCUCUUGAUGCGAAGAACCCUAAACAAGAGAAACCCACCGCUGGACCGGACUGGUUCAACCUUCCCAAGACAGAGUUGACCACUGAGCUCAAGAGGGAUCUGCAAUUGAUUCGAAUGCGCUCUGUGCUGGAUCCCAAGAGACACUACAAGAAAGAAAAUGGCAAAGCCAAGCCGCCAGACUUCUCCCAUGUUGGAACCAUCAUCCAAGGCCCUACAGAGUUCUUCAGUGGCCGCAUUGCAAAGAAGGACCGCAAGAAGACCUUCGUGGAGGAGACAAUGGCACUGGAACGAGAGACAAGACGCUUCGAAUCCAAGUAUCGUGAUAUUCAAAGCGCGAAGCAGAGUGGGAAAAAGGCAUUUUACAAUAAUUUACGGUCAAAGCGGAACCGAAAAAUCAAGUGA